ACCGGCUCCGCCGCCACCCGCUCCGCGCCCCUCGAGCACAGCACCGGCCUCGCCGGCUGCCCUUCCCCGCCGCCCUCAGCGCCCCCCCGGGGGUCCCCCCUUUCCCCCUCGCCCCCGGUCCCCUCAGGGCCCCCGCGCGGCCCCCCCGGUGCCCGGACGCCGCCGCCCCCUCGGCCUCCCCCAUGGUGGGGUUCGGGGCGAACCGCCGGGGCGGCCGCCUGCCCUCGCUGGUGCUGGUGGCGCUGCUGGCCGUGAUCGCCGUGCUCGCCUUCCACUGCUGGAACGCGGCGUCCCGCCAGGCCCUGCUGCGGGAGGAGCUGGCCGAGCUGCAGAGCCAGGCCCAGCGCACGGAGGUGGCGCGGGGCCGCCUGGAGCGCCGCAACUCCGACCUGCUGGGCAAGGUGGACUCGCACAGGAAGCAGCUGGAGCAGAAGGAGGCGGACUACAGCCACCUGAGCAGCCAGCUGCAGGCCAGGGACGGCCAGGUGAAGCGCUGCGAGGACGGCAAGGUGAAGCUGCAGAACAACAUCUCGUAUCAGAUGGCGGACAUACACCGGCUAAAGGAGCAACUGGCGGAGUUGCGGCAGGAGUUCAUCCGCCAGGAGGAUCAGCUGCACGAGUACAAGAAGAACAACACCUACCUUACAAGGAGGCUGGAAUAUGACAGCCUGCAGUGUGGGCAGCAGAUCAAGGAAAUGAGGCUGCAGCAUGAAGAGAACAUCAAGAAAUUAAUGGACCAGGUUGCACGGGAACAAAAGGCCACACAAAAAAUUCAGUCCAGUAGAGACACUGAAGUCAGUCCCAGCAAUGAUGGCCAGGCAGUACCUGAGACUGUUGCAGAGGGGGAAGGUAAAGACACAGAGAAGAAUGAGGAGCCUUCAGAGCAUGUUGUAAAUGACAAAGAGAAAAUCAAAGCAGGAGGAGAUGCAGGCAUGCCUGAAAUAGAAGAUAAUGACCCAGCAAAAGCUGAAGAUACUCCCACUGCUUUAAAGAAGACACUUAUUUCAGCUCCUAAAGGUGAAGGUCAUCCACCCGCUGUGAAUCUCCCAACUGAGCAGCCCCAUGCUCCAAACCUGGCACCAGGUUUGCCCAGUGACAGUGAUGGAAACGCCGACCUCGCGAAGCAGAUCCCUCCAAAUUCCCUCCAGCACCUGAAUUUUGAAGAAAAGGUGGAAACCCAGAAAGAGCACAAAAUUGAGACAGACCAGAUGAAACUCCCAAAGAGCCGAGUCAGCGACUUGCAGAAGAUUAAGCAAAGCCGGUUCUUUGAUGAGAAUGAAUCCCCUGUGGACCCACAGCAGGGUUCUAAACUGGCAGAUUAUAAUGGGGAUGAUGGGAACGUGGGUGAGUAUGAGGCAGACAAACAGGCUGAGCUGGCUUACAAUGAGGAAGAGGAUGGUGAUGGUGGAGAAGAAGACGUCCAAGAUGAUGAGGAGCGAGACCUGCAGAACGACCUGGGGGACUACAAGUCCCGCUUCAGCGACGGGGUCCUGUAGGCCCGGGGCACAGAGAGCCCAACCCAAGGACUUGAGGUGCUGCAAAACUGAACCAGUUCUACUCCAGUGUUUCCUACUUCCAAGGAAGCUGAGAAUAAAGUGCCGAGUGUGCUCAGCCAGCAGGUGAAGAGGAGCCACUGUACAUAUGUACAUACUUGUACUGCUGCAGGUUGCAUUAAACCAGCACUGUCACAUGGAGCCGGUUACUCAGCCUGGUCCUUAUCUGAAAUAAUCUUUACACUUAAGCCCAGUCUAUAAACACAGGCUGAACUGUUUCUGCCGUUUACAACACUUUGGAACCUGGAGGACUUGUACAGUUUGUACCUGAUGUAACAAAGCCCCUGUGGAAGCCAUGUACAGCCAAGGACUCCUUUUCUACAGUCCCACCUGUGUGGGCAGAGCUGCUUCUCUCGAGUGCUGGGUUUGUCCAGCAGGUGAGCCACGAGCUGGGAAUGAGAACUGAACGGUUCAAUAGCUGCUCCCUCCUCACUGUGACCCAGGCUGGGGCAGCCCUCAGCACCACUGAGCUCCUGUACAGUGACCACAUCUCAUAGCUAGAGCUGCAAAUAAAUCUAUAGUAGGACUUCAGUAAUUUGGUUCAUCCCCAAAAAGUUGUGCAACUAAUAGCUUGAUUUAAAAGAUGUAAAUUGAUAUAAAUUGGUAUAAAUAAUUAUAAAUAAUUCACAGCUUGUAGGAAAUCUUUAUGUUAAAGACAGCAAGGGUGUGAGUGAGACAGGUCUGUCUGCCCUCGACAAAGGACCAACCCUUCCUGGGUUUGCUGCUGGUGUGCUGUCCCAGGUUGUCCAGCCCAGGUCCAGCCACUGCAGCCCAUUUCCAAGUUUGAUCCCUUGCUACAGCUCUGAACACCUCCCAUGGUCUGGUUUCUCCAUCAGAUCUGUAAGUCAGACCCUUCUCUGGGUUCUGUGUUUAAGUACCAUCAGAAUUUACGGAGAUGAUUCCAUGGCUCUGCAGUGUGGGAAUGAAGGGGAUUGUCCCACCUGCUCCUCCAAGGGCUCCUGGGGACACAGGCUGUGGGCCCUGACGAGGGUGACUGAACUCAUCCCUGUGCUCAGGUGCUGGGCUGAAGUAACGGGUCAGGUUUGCUCAUUGCCAGCUCAGUGAACCUCUUGAAUAAAGUUCAAUGCUCGUACAAUUA